AACAGUGUGAGUACAAACAAAGCUCCGGAACGCUUUUUUUUUCUUCCGUGGAUCUGAAGAAUAUUUAGCAUCCAGAAAUCAUGGCCUUCAUAGCACCACCGGGCUACCAGCCUAUCUUUAAUCCAAGCAUCCCAUAUGUUGGCCCUAUCUGUGGUGGUCUUAGAGCAGGAAUGUCGCUCUAUAUCCAGGGAAAGAUUCACCAUCAUAUUAGCAGUUUUAAUUUAAAUCUGCAGUGUGGUGAAUUUAAUGGAUGCGAUAUUGCGUUCCACUUCAACCCUCGAUUCGACUUCUGGGACAAAGUGGUCUUUAACACUUUCCAGAAUGGCGUAUGGGAAGGAGAAGAGAAAGUCAGGCACAUGCCUUUCCACAAGGGCCAGCAUUUUGAGAUGAUCAUAAUCAUCACCACGGAGGGCUAUCAGGUCAAUGUGAAUGGGAAAGAUCUCUACCUCUUCCAGCACAGAAUGCCCCUGGAAAGGGUCUGUGCCUUAGAGAUUGGGGGAGAUGUGGCCAUCGAUAGCAUCAACAUCAUUGGGGGCAUGCAGGACAUGGGGGGAGGAUGGCAAGGCGGAAUGGGUGGUAAUAUGGGGCAGGGAGGAUUUCCUGGAGGUGGAGCUGGGGAAUGUUAUCCUGCUGGUGGAAUGGGGCAGGGAGGCUAUCCAGGAGGUGGAAUGGGUGGCAUGGGGGGAGGUUAUCCAGGACCUGGGCUUGGGGGAGGAUGCAUGGGGUUACCUGGAGGAAAUCUGCCAGUAAUGGGAAUGCAGCCUAUCUUCAACCCUGGCAUUCCCUAUUUAGAUAUGAUUCCUGGUGGGAUGGUAUCCAAUAGGACCAUUAUCAUCCGAGGCAUGGUGCCAUAUGGAGCUGACAGGUUUCAUAUUAACUUCAUAGCUGGAGCCUCACGAGACAUAGCCUUUCACCUCAACCCUCGAAUUAGAGAGGGAUUGGUAAUCCGUAACAGCCAGAUCAAUGGUUGCUGGGGUGAAGAAGAAAUAGAUCUCAACUUCAACCCCUUCAUGGAGGGACAGUACUUUGAGAUCUCCAUUCGUUGUGGUGAAAAAAAGAUAAAGGUGUUUGCAAAUGGGCAGCACAUGUGUACUUUCCACCACCGUUUCCAGCCUUACAAUCAGAUUGACACACUGGAGGUGGACGGAGAUGUCCAGGUCUCAUACAUCCACUACUGAUUCCGGUGUUCCACUGCAUCUGACAUUGUUCCUGCUUUAACUUUUAGGAAUGCCUGUAUAAAAAAAACCCAUUAUUGAUACUUGCUUUAUUACGCACAGAUCAAUAAAUAAUGUACCUCUCA